AUGUACAGCUUCAUGGGAGGGGGCCUGUUCUGUGCUAUUGUUGGUAAUAUCCUGUUGGUGAUCUCCACUGCAACCGACUACUGGAUGCAGUACCGUCUCUCUGGAAACUAUGCCCACCAGGGUCUGUGGAGGUACUGCAUGUCCAACAAGUGCUACAUGCAGACUGACAGCAUAGCUUACUGGAAUGCCACCAGGGCCUUCAUGAUCCUUUCAGGGAUGUCGUGCUUCGCAGGCAUCAUCGCUGGCAUCAUGUCCUUUUCACACUUCUCAUCCUUUGAAAGAUUCAAUCGCUCCUUUGCUGCAGGAAUUCUGUUUUUUGUCUCCACUUUCUUUGUUCUGCUGGGUAUGGCUAUUUAUACUGGAGUGACAGUCAACUUCCUGGGUAGGCGCUUUGGUGACUGGCGCUUCUCCUGGUCCUACAUACUGGGCUGGGUUUCCAUGCUCAUGACCUUCUUUGCAGGUAUUUUCUACAUAUGUGCCUACAGAAUGUGUGAAUGCAGGAGAGGAAAUGGCCCCCGCUAG